AUGCUGGCGGUCAGUGGCCCAGAGCCCUUGUUCUGCCUUCUCCUCCUCCUGCUCCUGGGCCCCUAUAGCUCUGCGGGGGCCAUUCCUCCUCACAGAAGGUUUGAGUACAAGCUCAGCUUCAAAGGACCAAGACUGGCGUUGCCUGGGGCAGGAAUACCCUUCUGGAGUCAUCAUGGAGAUGCCAUGCUGGGCCCAGAAGAAGUGCGGCUGGUCCCGUCCAUGCAGAACCGCAGUGGCGCCGUGUGGAGCAGGGUCCCUGUCCUCUUCUCUGCCUGGGAGGUGGAGGUGCAGAUGUGGGUGACUGGGCCAAGGCGCCGGGGAGCCCGGGGCGUGGCCGUGUGGUACACCCGGGACAGGGGCCAAAUAGGCUCCGUCCCGGAGGGGCCGACCUCGUGGGAUGGCAUCGGGAUCCUGUUCGACUCCUCAGCUGAGGACACCCAGAACAGCCCCGCCGUCCGUGUGCUGGCCAGCGACGGACACACUCGCUAUGAGGCACGUGGGGACGGAGCUGGCAGCGAGCUGGGCGCCUGCCGCUGGGAUUUCCGCAACCUGCCAUACCCCUUCAGAGCGCGGAUCACCUACUGGGGGCAGCGGCUGCGCGUGUCCCUGAACAGUGGCCUCACUCCCGGUGACCUAGAGGAGGUCUGCGUUGACACAGGGCCCCUGCUCUUGGCUCCUGGAGGUUUCUUUGGGGUCUCGGCAGCCACUAGCACCCUGGCAGACGACCAUGACAUCCUGUCCUUCCUGACCUUCAGUCUGAGUGAGCUGGGUCCGAAGCCUCCCCCCCAGCCCUUUCUGGAGAUGGAGGAGCUCCGGCUGGCGAGGCAGCUGGAAGGGCUUUGGGCAAAGCUGGCCCUGGGCACCAAGGAGCACGUGAUUCCACAGCGGAGCUCUGAAGUCCAGGAAGAGGAGGAAAGAAGCUUCGUGCUGGCAGAGAUGCUGGGCAGACACCGCCAGACCCUGCAGGCUCUCCAGGGUCUAUCUGAACAGCUGGCCCAGGCUGAGAGACAAUGGAAGAAGCAGCUGGGGUCCCUGGGCCGCACCAGGCCUAUGGGAGCCUGGGCCCAGAGCUCCUCCUGCCAGAGUCUAUCCACCCCAGAGAGGGGAGGUCACUUCUCCAGGCCACUCAGCAAGACAGAGGCCCAAGUCAGCGCCCUGCUCCAUGGACAGAGGACUCUUCUCCAGGACCUGCAAGAAAUGAGGGAUGCAGCUGCCCACGUGGCCUCAAGAGCCCAGCUCUUCUAUCUGCCGGUGGGCACCAAGCCUCAUUUCUUAGAGCUGGCCCAGAUCCUGAGCUUCCUGCAGAAGGACCUUCAGGGCCCAUUGAAAGCAGCAGCCAAGAACCCUCGCCUGCCUGGCCAACUCCCAGGGGCCUCCUCGUGCCUACGGCUCAGAAUGUUCUUGUUUUUCCUCCUCAUUCAGACUGUUGGCUUCUUCUGUUAUGUGCACUUCAGGCAGGAGAUGGACAAGAGCCUUUGGGACUGUUUGUCCACAGGCAGACGGCUGUGUCCUGCACCACGAAACCCUGGGGCCCUGGGGGUUCUGAGGAGGCAGCCUCUCUCCCUUAGCAUUCAUGCAAGACUCACCUGAAAGCCCUGAAGGAGGGGGUAGUGUCUGGGGGUAAAGAGCUUGGUCAGUACUCUUUCCUUUUGGGUGCACAGCUCCUGCUCACACCUUACUUUUGGCAAGCGCCAGUCUUAUUAAAGGUGAU